CCCUUCUGACAGCUAUUUGCCGAGUAUGCUAACAUGGCUAGAAGUGCUGACGGCCAGGGCAAGGAAGUGUUCCAGAAGCUGCUGUUCCUCAUUCGCGACUGGCAAUAUCACGGAGAGAAGUCGUUCGGACUGGAAGGAGGAGAAGCGCUGCUUCACCCUCUCCUUCAAAGGGACCUCACACUGCCAAGUGAAGUUUCCGAACUACGUGAAAAUAUCCGAAACAGCUUCAGCGAAGUGAAAUGUUUCCUCUUGCCCAGACCUGGUGACGCGGUAGAGAACGCGGGUUUCGACGGAAGACUUCGUGAUAUAUCUGAAGAUUUCAAGUAUCACUUGGAGAACCUCAUGUCUUACCUUCUCUCACCUGAAAGGCUAGUUCCCAAAAAGAUCAAUGGAAGGAUUGUCACGUGCAAGGAGCUCGUGUGCAUGUUUCAGACUUAUUUCACCAUCUUCAACCAGAAGGAGCUCCCUCAACCCAUGUCUGUCUUCAAUGCAACCGCAUUCGUCCACAACAAGCGAAUCAUCGACGAAAUCAUAAAGAAAUAUGAAACCGCAAUGGAAGGGGGCUACGGAUAA